GAAGAAGAAGAAUGACUAGCAGAGAUUGAAAGAAACUCCAUCAUUUGUUUGCCAUGGUAACCUUGACCUUAAAAUCCCGAGCUCCCUCAUAUAUACUUGUACCAACUAUUCUUCUCCUUCUGAUCACCACCUACUUGAUCACUCUCGUACUCCGAAACCAGAACUACCAUAUCACUGAUGUUAUUUUCUUCAAUAAUAUCCCGGCACAAGUUGCUAAUCUUUCCAUCAUAAACCUUAAACCCGCAACCGAUGCUCUAAAUGAUCUGCAGGAUUUGACACCGAAGAUUUUUAUACAGAAUCAGCAACUUGGCAGCCCUCCACCAAUGGAUGGCAGCCCUCCACCAAUGGUUCCGAUCAAAAAAAAAGAAAAAAGUGUGUUAGAGAAAAAAGAAGAAGGUCUGGCUGAAGCACGAGCAGCUAUAUACAAAGCAGCCCGGAGUCGGAAUUAUACGUCGGAUAAAGAAGAAUCAUACAUUCCCAGGGGAAACAUAUACAGGAAUGCUUAUGCGUUUCAUCAGAGUCAUAUCGAGAUGAUGAAGAGGUUCAAGGUAUGGACAUACAAGGAAGGGCAACUUCCCUUGACCCAUGUCGGGCCAAUGGAUUGCAUAUACUCCAUCGAAGGUCAUUUUAUCGACGAAAUGGGAAAUGGGAAAAGCCCGUUCAUGGCUCAGCAUCAUCAUGAAGCUCAUGCAUAUUUCAUACCUGUAAGUGUGGUUAACAUUGUCAAGUAUAUCUACAUGCCGGUCACCGACUGGCAUCGUCGUCGGAUGGUACGAGUCGUCAAAGAUUACGUCAAUCUCAUAGCAGACAGGUACCCGCACUGGAAUAGAAGCAAAGGAGCCGAUCACUUUAUGCUCUCUUGUCAUGAUUGGGCACCAGGAGUUACUAAAGAUGAUCCUGAGCUCUAUGAGAACUUCAUGAGAGUACUAUGCAAUGCAAACACCUCUGAAGGAUUCAAACCGAUGAGAGAUAUAUCUGUACCAGAAUACAACAUUUUAGACAAAGAGAAGCUCAACUCUUUCACCCUUGGCCAACCCCCUAGUAACCGCUCAAUACUCGGCUUUUUCGCUGGCGGUAAAGCUCAUGGAGACAUAAGACCAUUGCUAUUUGAACACUGGGAAAAUAAGGACGAUGAAAUUCUGGUGUACGAGAAGGUCCCCGACUAUAAUAAGAUGAUGGAACAAAGCAAGUUUUGCUUGUGCCCUAGCGGUUGGGAAGUGGCGAGUCCUAGGAUUAUCGAAUCGCUUCAAGCAGGAUGUGUUCCGAUGAUCAUUUCGGACAAUUACACAUUGCCUUUUAACGAUGUGCUCGAUUGGAGCAAGUUUUCGAUGUUUAUCCCGUCGAGUAGAAUACCAGAAAUCAAGACCAUCUUGAAGGGAGUUUCAGAUAAACAGUACAUGAAGAUGCAGCGGAGGGUGAUGAAAGUGAGAAUGCAUUUUGAGAUCAACCGGCCUGCUAAGCCCUUUGACGCGAUUCAUAUGGUGCUCCACUCGGUUUGGAUCAGAAGGCUUAACCUCAAGUUAUCACAUUAAUAAGAGUUUAGUUAGGCUAUGGUGCUUCGUGUUAUUCUUUGUUAUACAGCAGGUUUGUUACUUUCUUUCCGAGUACAAAACAUGUAGAAGAUCAUCCAAACUUA